GAUCAUCACACCUCUCCGUCCUUUUGUCUUCCUGUUGUCCGCCUCUCCGUCCCUCCAUGUGAACGAUGUCCAGUCUCAGGUUUCUGUCCGUCCAUGGAGCCUCUGUGCUGCUGCUGCUGCUGACGGCUGUUUGUGAGGCCGAGUACUACAGCGACUCCACGACGCCUUCAGAGUACGACUCCGACUACAACACCACCUUCGAGUACAGCUUCUUCAGUAACAGCAGCGUGGACGAGCUGGACAAGUUCAUUGGUGGGAUGAUGGAGAUCGACACAGACGAGGAGGAGGAAGAAGAAGAAGAAGUGUCUUUCACGACAGCAGCUACACCCAGGAAAACCACAGAGAGGAGCAAGAUGGGGCGAGGCGGGUCAAGAGAGGGCGAUCUUGGUAGCAGCGCCUCUCUUCCUGUUUGUCUGGAACUCAGGAAGCUGCUCUGGACGUCGAUGAUCCUCGUGGUUCUGUUCUCACAGCAGCUGUGACACAAACUUACGGAGGAACCGUAAACGUCCAGGUCUUGGCGGGUCUGCUGAAUCACCUGGAGCGCAGCGGGUUGGGUCCGUUUGAGGUCGGUGGAGGCUGAGCCUCCCUGACUGGUCCAAACAUGGCUGCCCUUCGCUCUGAUUGGACGCCUGCCAAGCCAGCCUGAACUCGACUCCAAACAGACUGAACGGCGUCACACCCUGAAUCCUUUCAAAGGGAAUCCGCCUCAUUUUGGCAGCGCAACAUUUCCUCUCUGUGGAGACAUUUUUAAAUUUAUUAUGGAAAUAUUUAAAGUAUGGAUGUUGGAUUUUGUCAGAAUAUUUCUCUAGAAAUGAAAUUAUAACCAAGCAAAAUGUCUAUUUUCAAGUAAAAAAGUCUGGAAUUUAUUUUUGAUAGAAAACAAAUGGAGAACCAUUGGGAUCAUUUUCCUCUAAAAUACUUUAUUUUACAAUUUCACAUCCAGUUUAACCCCAAACACCAGUUUAAUUAUUUUUAAGAACCCAAAGUUAUAUUUAAAUAUGCCCCACAAAAAUAUAAACAGUUAUAAUAAAAGCCUUUGUUGUGGUCAAAUGUUCACAUCAAACUGCUUCAAGUGCUAAAAAGACAAAAUCCUCUGAAAAUGUAGCAGCAGAAAUGUCAUUGUUAUUUCACAAAUAAGAUCACUAACAUAAAAAACAGAAAAGAUCCAAAGAGCUUUUUUUAUUGCAUCUUAAUGUGAAUUUUUGUUGUUAUGUCUUAAUUUAGGAGCCAAAUGCAUCAUAUCAAAGUAAAACGUCUGCAGUCUCUGUUUCUCCUCAUUAUGAAGCUUUGCACAAGUUUGAUCUCUAACCUUUCAUCUAAAUAAAGAUUUUCACUUUGUUUGCA